AAAGCCACUGCUGCUUAAAUGAGAUACUGCACUCCCUCGGCCUGCGCCCGGCUGUCUUGAUUCUGUGGAAUCUUCCAGGAUGCCUCCAAAGUUGCUACGCUCAAAGACCAUUGAACAGCAGUAUCAGAAGCUCUCGCAGUUGGAGCAUAUCCUUCUCAGACCGGAUUCAUAUGUCGGGUCGGUGGAGUUCCAGAAGGAAUGGCAGUGGGUCUACAGCGACAAGGAUCGUUCCAUAGAGCAGAAAAGUAUCAACUAUGUGCCAGGGCUCUACAAGAUCUUCGAUGAAAUCCUGGUCAAUGCCGCCGACAACUAUGUUCGCGACAAUUCUCAGACCUAUGUGAAGGUAACGAUCAAUGAGAAGGAAGGCAGUGUGACGGUCGAGAACAAUGGCAAAGGUUUGCCAGUAGAGGAACACAAAGAACAUCGCAUGUAUGUUCCGGAGCUUGUAUUUGGCCAUUUGUUGACAAGUGACAACUACGACGAUACAGAGAAAAAGGUCACCGGUGGUCGAAACGGCUAUGGAGCAAAGCUCACCAACAUUUUCUCCAAAAGGUUUGAAGUUGAAUGUGGCGAUUCUGAAAGAAAGAAGAAAUACUACCAGAUUUGGGAGGGCAAUAUGCAGACCAAGCAGAAACCCAAGAUCACCUCCCACUCUGGAGAAAGCUUCACAAAGAUCACAUUCUGGCCGGACUUAACUCGCUUUGGAAUGAAGAAGCUGGACAAGGACAUCGUGGGGCUCAUGUCAAGACGGGUGGUAGAUCUUGCAGGGACCACUCCAGCGAAGUGCAAAAUCUUCCUCAACGGCCAGAGGCUGGAUAUCAGCACCUUCAAGGACUACAUUCAAAUGUAUACUGGAACGGAAGAUGUGCAAAUAGUCCAUGAGAAGUGCCAUGAAAGAUGGGAGGUUGCCAUGACGGUAUCAGACGGCCAGUUCCAGCAGGUGUCCUUUGUCAACAACAUUGCCACACCGAAGGGUGGCACUCAUGUUGUCCAUGUGGCUGACCAACUAGUGGAGGCUAUUACGUACAAGGUGAACAAGCAAAACAAGGGCGGCAUGGAGAUCAAGCCGUACCACGUGAGAAACUACCUGUGGAUUUUUGUGAAUGCGCAGAUCGAGAACCCUUCCUUCGACUCACAGACAAAAGAAACACUGACGUUGAAAGCAGCAAAGUUUGGGUCCAGCUGCCACAUACCUGACAAGAUGAUCGAGAAAGUCCUCAAAACGGGUAUUGUUGACAUGGUCUUGCAAUGGGCCAGAGCAAAGGAGGAGAUAGAUCUCGGGAAGACGAUGAAGGGUGGCUCCAGUGCACCCAACAAGAAGACAAAGCGGCUUCUCAACAUUCCCAAGCUGGAGGAUGCCAACCUUGCAGGCGGCAGAGAUGGCCGUGAGUGCACAUUGAUCCUCACUGAGGGAGACAGCGCAAAAUCUUUGGCUGUUGCUGGCCUGGGUGUCAUCGGGCGUGACCGCUAUGGGGUGUUCCCUCUCCGUGGGAAGAUUCUCAAUGUGCGUGAUGCCACAUUUGCGCAGACUAUGAGUAACGCUGAGAUUGCAAACAUCACAAAAAUCAUUGGGCUGGAGCCGAAGAAAGAGUACCACUCAGCGAAUUCUUUGCGCUACGGCUCCAUCAUGGUGAUGACAGACCAAGAUUAUGAUGGUUCGCACAUCAAAGGCCUUAUUCUAAAUUUCAUUCAGCACUGGUGGCCAUCGCUAUUCCGACUGCCUGGCUUCAUGACAGAGUUUGUGACCCCGAUCGUCAAGGCAACCCGUCGUGGUUCAACCCAGCAAUUCUUCACUAUGCAAGAGUACGAGCAGUGGAAGGCUCAGAACCACAACGGCAGAGGAUGGCACUUGAAGUACUACAAAGGGCUUGGCACAUCUACGACUGCAGAAGCCAAAGAGUACUUCAGCAACAUCAACGAGCACAGCCUGUCCUUUCAGUACAAUGGCCAACAAGAUGAUGAAUCCUUUGACAUGGCCUUCAAUAAAAAGCGAGCUGACGACCGCAAGGAAUGGAUCAACGACGCAGACGAUGAGGAAUAUGUGGACCACUCAAAGGAUUCUGUGGGCUACACCGACUUCAUCAAUAAAGAGCUUGUGCAGUUUGCAAAGUAUGAUGUUCUUCGUGCAAUUCCAUCGUUGGUUGACGGCUUCAAGCCAGUACAGAGGAAGAUUAUGUGGGCGGCAUUCAAGCGCAACCUCAACCACGACACCAAAGUCGCUCAAUUUGCAGGAUAUGUCUCUGAAAAUGCUGCCUACCAUCAUGGCGAGAUGUCCCUUCAAGGUGCCAUUGUUGGCCUUGCACAGAAUUUUGUUGGCUCCAACAAUGUGAAUUUGUUGUUCCCCGCGGGGCAGUUUGGCACUCGAAUUCAAGGUGGUAAAGAUGCUGCAAGCGCUCGCUACAUUUACACUCGGCUAGAAAGGAUCUCCAGGCUCAUCUUUCAUCCUGCAGAUGAUGCCCUGCUUGAUGUUCAGGUCGAAGAAGGGCAGCGCAUUGAACCCAAAUGGUACAUUCCUGUAAUUCCCACCGUUCUGAUCAAUGGCGCUGAAGGCAUUGGAACUGGUUGGUCUACCUUCCUGCCAAAUUACCACCCGCGCGACAUCAUAGCGAACCUCAAGAGGUACAUUCGAUGCGAACCUGUGCAGGAAAUGUGUCCAUGGUACGCUGGCUUUAAAGGCAGCCUCGUAUUGUCGCCAGAAAAGUUGGGCUAUGAGUCCGUGGGGGUGAUAGAGAAGCUGGGCCCUACAACCUUGGAAAUCACUGAGCUUCCGAUCAAGAAAUGGACCGAGGACUACAAGGUGGCCGUUUUGCAGGCAAUGUUGUCGACAGAAGGGCCUGGCAGUGGACAAAUUGAGGACUUCAAGGAGUGGCACACAGAGGCGACUGUUCACUUCACUAUCUCCGUAACGGAGGAGCAAAUGGCAGCACAUGAGUACAUAGGACUGGAGAAGUCCUUCAAGUUGCGCAGCUCGCUAUCCACAAACAACAUGAUGUUCUUUGACAAAGAUGGCAAGAUCAAGAAAUAUGCUGACGAAAGACAGAUCAUCGAGGAAUUCGCUGAGCUUCGCCUUGAGUAUUAUCACAAAAGGAAAGCUCACUUGGUGAGAGUCUUGCAGAUCCAGGCGGAGGUUUUGGCAGCCAAAGCUCGGUUUGUUCAAGAGGUCAUCGAUGAGAAGUUGAAGGUGAAAAACCGCAAGAAAGACUCGUUGAUCGAGGAUCUUCGGAAGCAUGGCUUUAAGACUCUGCAGGAAAUCACUGAAGGAGAACACGUGGAAGGAGCUCAGGGACGGGGUUGGGAGUACCUGCUGGGAAUGCCUUUAUGGUCUCUCACAGCCGAAAGGGUCGCAACUUUGCUGGCACAGCUCAAAGAGAAGCAGGCUGAGCUGGAGGAGCUCGAGUGCACUGCUCCAGAGGAGAUGUGGGAAGCAGAUCUCAAUGCAAUUCAAACUGAGUUGUCAAACUUGGAGAUGAGAGCAAAAUCUGCAGUGGCAGAGGAGAAAGCAGCCCAGAAGCGUGCUGCGGCUGCAUUGGUGUCUUCAUCCAAGAGGUCGAAGAUCGCUAGUACCACUCCUAUGUCCACGCCGACGAUUUCCCCUGGGCAAAUAUCUUCAGCAGCACUUGCUGAAAUGCAGGAGCGCCAACUUCUGAAAACUAUUGCUGAAUUUCCUGGCCUUUUCGAUGACAUCGUGCCGAAGAAGCCACCACCCCCUCCUGGCCUAGAACGCCUUGCAAGCAAAUCCGGCAAAUCACCUGCUGAGAAUGAUGGUGGAGCAGAAGAAUCAGUGAAGCCCAGGGCAAAAGCAUUCUUUGCAAAGAAGGUGCGACAGGUGGCCAAGGCUAAGGCUAAGGCAAAAGGGAAGUCGGCCAAAGGCGCGAAAGGAUCAAAGGGGCCUAAGGGCCGUGGACGAGGAAGAGCCCGUGGGGGAGUCCGGGGACAAAAAUGAGCUGAAAGCAGCCACGCACUGGCCGCAGUAUCUCAAGAAAUUGAGAGGCUCAACCCAAACAGUCUUGUCAACACAUGUAUCAAAAC